AUGGGCAUGCUCAAGCCCCUGCGGAGACGGCUGUUUGGAGCCCAACGCUAUGAUAUAGCGGUUCGCCGAACUCUGCUGCGGGCUUUGUCAGUUUCGCGCUAUGUCCACACAGCAGCUGCAUUGAUCCUGCCUGCUGCUGUUCACAGGCGCCUAUGGGAAAGGCAGUACAUCUCCCUCUGGCGGGUCCUUCUCGCCCGCACUGCUGUCGACGCACUUCCGCAUAGCUAUGCUGUCCUACUUGCUGCGAAAGCCGCCCCUCCCAACUUGGCACUCGCGGACGCUCGGGCAAUGUGCUUGCAGAAACUGUUCCGACAGGGCCCUUCAGAACUGCUUGCCUUCCUGUAUGAUCACUGGAGUUUGGCACGCAAGACCUCGUGGCUCCGGCAACUAGAGGACGACGUUUGUUCAGUCGCUGUCUUCGUCCCCAGCGUCCGGGACUGCCUGCCAGUUCAACACACUGUUCUCGCCCUGCUCGAGGCGCAUGAGACGGACGUCUACUGGUGGCGCAAACAAGUUGCACGAGCCACAAAGCAGUUCCUCCAGGACGCUGCAGCUUGGCAGGUUGCACGUCGGGCCGGACACCUACCCACCCAGGCCGGUCCUGCAGGUCAACCCGAACAGGAAUACCAAUGCUAUUUGUGCGAUAGUUCCUUCCCGCUCAGAAAGCACUUGCACGUGCAUCUUGCUCGAACACACAGGAUCUACAGCCCGGCCAGGCACUAUACAACUAGUGAGGUCUGCACCUCCUGCAUGCGCGUCUAUUCGGACGUUGUGCAAGCACAACAGCACAUGAAGCACUCUCCGGAAUGCCUACGGCGGGCAUUAUACGUGCAUAGGCCGCUUACCUACGAAGAAAUUCUCGAGCUGGAACGCCCUGUACAGGCUUACAACCAGCGCCUACGUGCCGGCCAGUGGCAACACUUCAGCUGUCGCGGCCCACCGCGAAAGACUCCCAUCAGCUUUGGGCCGCGUGCACCUACGGCUGAGGAACGCCUCCUUGGACUUGAGGACGAGGACGAUGUGCCCAUCAGUCACCUUGCCCGUUUCUUCCGUCCUACUGCUAGCCAUGUAGUCUGGGUCCAGGAUUACUUGAGCCACCGUAGCACAGAGGGUCCUCGGCAGUCCGCAAAGUCCUUUUGGAUGGCCAGACCGUUUCACUCCGAAUUCGUUUAG